CACUUCCUCAAAAGCCCAGAGAAAAUCCUUAUUUUUUUUUCUUUUCUUUUUCGCAUUAUUUUUAUUAGGUAGAUACGUUGUUGUGAUAUAACUAUCACUUGGCCAAUCGGGGAAGAGAAUGAGUGUGAAUCAAUGGCCCAUAGUGCGAAAGAGAAAAAUAAACUACUGUAUAUAGGAUAACAGGGAGACCACAUGUUGACAAUUUUCAGGUUCCUUGUUCUUUGCAGGGCUUGAUUUUGCUUUGGGUUUAGAGAGAGAAACAGUUUUUGGAGAGAGAGAAAGAUAUCUUAAUCCUAUCUGGGAUCUCUCUAUUUUACUUGUUUUGAUUGAUCCGGGACACCGAUGGGUUUUUGUUUGGUAUUAAGGUUGUUCUCUUCAAUGUAUGCAGUGCAAAGAUUGCAGCUUUCAGGUUGUGGGGGCCUUUGGCGUUGCCCUUCUUUACUGUAGAGAGGGAUCUGGCUUCUUUCUUUGUUCUAAAUUCUGCUAUUUUUUGAAAGGAUUUAGGGGAAGAAUUUUGGGUUAUAAAGAUUGUUGGGAUGGGGACUAAGAUACAAUGUAAGACGGUUUUACCGGCAUUCUAUUCUGUGAAGGAUCUAAAUGGCAAUGUGAGUAAUGGGAUGUGUUUACUGAGUCAUGAUGAACGAACGGUGAAAAUUGGUCAGCACUAUGACUCAUUUUCACCGCGGUUUCCCAUGGAUGGGUAUUUUGAAUACGAGAAGGAAAAAGUGAGGCAGACGAUCUUGAAGCAUGAAUUGACGUUCAGGCAUCAGCUCCAAGAACUGCACCGCCUUUACAUCAGACAGCGGGACCUGAUGAAUGAUUUGAAAAUGAGAGAAGUGCACAAGAAUCAUAAGGAGGUGGAUUUGAGUCGCUGUUUGUCUCUCACUCCUCUUGAUGAAGUGAAAAGAGGUGUGAAUAGGACUGGCCUUUUCUGCACCCAAGGCGAAGAAAUUUCGAGGAUUGGCAAUGAAGAUAAACAGGGUGCCAAUUCUUUGAAGAGGACCAAUUGUCUUGCUGACUUGAAUGAACCUAUACUGAUUGAGGAUACCCCAAUCUUGGACUCGGAUGCCAAUCCUCGCGGAAUCAUUUCCCUUGUCGAUGAUGGAAUUCAAAAAACGAAGAAAUUCCAUGAAAAUUCUUUCAUGGAAAGGAAUGGUGGAAGUUGCCUCAAGCAGUCGGUUCAUGGAGGGAAUAGACCCGAGAGGUUGAGUUUUGACAUAAAUGCCGAUGUUCAAUCUGAUGAUUUGCCUACCGCUUUUCCAUCUUCACAAGCCGGCCCGAGUGAAGCUUGUGAGCCUUUGACUACAUUCCCUAAUCACCCCAAGACCGAACUCCAGAAGAAAAAAACAAUUUUUGGCGUAGUAAUAUCAUCCGAGGAUAAUAGAGAACAGUUUUUCACCGCUUCCAGUGGGAAUAUUAAUUCACUGAAGCAAAGCCUAGACUUUAAUGGAGGUAAAACACACAUGAAUGGUAAUAUUAGUUCCGUUUCAAGCUCAAAAGAAACGGCUUCGUGCAAAAACGGUGCUUCCAACAGUUCGGAUUUGAGUGCCCGAAAGGUACAAGGGUGUUCGUUACUUAGAUUUGACGGUGUUAAUGGCGUGAGUUAUGGUGAUUUAGCGCCUAAAGAUAAUCAUAAUUAUCAGACUCCAAUAAGCAAGCAAGAAAGCUCCAAGGGGUCGUUGCCAUGGUUCAUAGCGAAGUCGCAGCAUAAUCUUCAGCAGAUCAGUCGGGGGGAGAACUGCUAUCACAUGAAUCUUGAUUUAUUGCAGAAUUGUUCUCAGCAGUUUUUUAAAAAGUCUGAAACCGAUGAGAGUUUCUCUCGGGGUUUGAACCAGAAACAAGAAGACAGGCGAUCAACGUCCAUCAAUGCUUGUGAGCCGAGCAAGGCUGAUAAUGUUAAGAAGAUCUUCGGGGUUCAGAUUUUUAGUUCUUCUGGAAAUCUAAAGACUGCAGAUUCUAAUAAAGUCUUUGCAGAUGAGGCAGCGUCUAGAAAUCCGCCUGAAGGUAUCAUUGAUUCUGUUACAGAUAAGGGGCUCGGGAACUGUUGUUCGGGUUUAAAAAAUCAGAUCGAUCUUAACCUGUCUCUCGAUGAAGAAGAGGAGCCACCGGCACCUUGUCUCCCUCGAGCAGUUGUGAAAAUCGCGACUGCUGAAAUCGACUUGGAGGCUCCCGCAACUCUUGAACCCGAAGAAAAUGCAUCAUCUCUUGAAGAAGAAAUCAGCAGUGUUGAGUUGAGAGUCGAGAAAUCUACGCAACCUCUUGAAGAAGUCACGAGGGGAGCUGCCGAGGCUAUAGUCUCCAUCUCAUCGUCGAGUGCUAACAAUCUGCCGAACGAAACUGCAUCUAGCGAUUGCCUCAAAUGGUUAGCGGACGUGAUUUAUUCUCGAGUUAACGAUGGUCGUGAGCGCAAUAUCACGGAUGCUUCGUCGGGAAAAGGCGAACCCGUUGAAGAAUCCAUCCCCGAUGGCUUGGAUUAUUUCGAGGCUAUGACGCUCGAGUUGAGAGACAUGAAGGAAGAAGGCAGCUGUUACGAGCCAUCGAUUUUGGAAAUCAACUACGACGAAGAAGAAGAAUCAGGAGCUGCCACAACACCAAAACGCCCUCGGAGAGGGCAAGCAAGGAGAGGCAGGCAGAGACGAGACUUCCAAAGGGACGUUCUCCCGAGUCUGGUCUCCCUCUCUAGGCACGAGGUGAGCGAGGACAUUCUGACAUUCGAAGAGCUACUGAAAACCACGGGUUCCUCUUGGCAAUCAAGAAUGUCACAGAGAAAAGCCGGCAAGAAUGGUAGGGGAAGGCGGCGAUGUGGAAGCUCGACAACUCCCUCCCUCAUCAAAACCGCAACCUCCCAACCACCACCACCCCCAACAAACCAGCCCGUCGUCAUCUGCACUGAAACCAAUGUCGAGAAGACAAGCCUAACGGGAUGGGGAAAGCGAACGAGGCGGCUCCCAAGGCAGAGAUGUCAAAACACUAAUCCUGCUCCUCUGAAACAAUGCUAAUCCCAGGAAGGAAACUCAAACUUGUUGCAACUUUGUCAGAGUUUUGUAUGCCAUGGAAGUUGAUUGCUGUAUAUUUUUCUGGCUGCAUAUACACAUUACUUCUCUGAUUGAACCUGUAACAUUCUUCAGUAACUGUGCCAUCCUUCUUUAAACAGCUGUUAAUACAAUUGAGAAGAAGGAUUAAUGAUGGCCCUUUAGUGUCUGACAUCUCUCUAUUUAUUCAACUCUCAUGGUCUCCAACUUUUCUUCAUUCCACACAAUUUGCAAUACUUAAAUGGCUUCCCAA